AUGUGGAUACUCGAAAACGAAGGCGAAGCCCUCGGCCACCGACGGCUCUGGCUUCGCCCGGGAAAGCGCUAUCUCUUCGGCCGUACUGUCGCCGAACCUGGUCAGUUGGCCAUACAAGGGCCAGGCGCUGAGAGAGUCUCACGGAAGCAUGUGACAAUCACUGUCGACCCAGUUGUAGAGGGCCGUGCCGAGGUCGUGGGAAGUCGUUCCAAGGUCACAGUCGAGGAUCUUGGCUCUAAAGGUGGCACCAAAGUAAACGGCCAUAAGUACCGUAGUGAAACAUGCACUCUAUCUGAAGAUGAAAACACCAUCCAAAUGGGUUCAUUCCCCCCCAUGUUCCGUAUCACUUGGCUGCCAGUUGUCUUCAGCUUUUCUUUUACGAGCAAUCAGCUUCGUGCCAACCCUUUCGCGCGCUUACGCGAGAGUCUUGAACAGCUGGACAUCAAGCUGCUGUCCGAUUAUGAUAUUAGGCUGACAACCCAUGUUGUUUCGAAGAAGCGCAACACGCCAAAGGGGCUACAAGCUCUGAUUAAUAACAAAUAUAUUGUUGACGACGGGUUCAUAGAUGCUAUAGUGGACGUGGCUUCCGCUGCGGCGCCUACUCAUGAAGCCGUUCCCUGCCUGCUCGAGCAAGAUUUUGACGCCAAUUGGCCUGACCCAUUGCACUUCGUUCCACCACCAGGUGAAGAGCCCGUUCCCAGGCAACCAGAAUUGUUCGCACCCAACUCCGCCAGAACUGAACUCUUUGACGGCUAUACAUUCGUUUUUUACGAAAAGAAACAAUAUGAUAGCCUGCUAGCGCCCAUCACAAAUGGAAAGGGAAAAGCCCUUCUAAACGUAGUUGUGGCCGGCGAAACACAGAUCGAUGACUUUGUGCGAUUCGUGAAAAGUGUUGCUGGUGAAAAGGGGUUGGGCGAGUUCGAGGAUGGUAGUGAGGGCAAAGGUGUCGUUGUGGUUAAGUGGAUGCCCAGCUCAGAUGAGAAUGCGGACUGGUUCGCCGAUUUUUACAGAUCUAUCUCUUUGCGCCUAGACCACCGCCUCAUUGACCAAAAGGAUUUCCUCGACGCGAUUUUGAAUGUUGAUGCGAGCAGUUUGCGGCGUCCCCUAGAGUUCGAAUCACCGCCAGCGAGCUCUCAAGUAGAGCAGCCUCCGUCGUCUACACAACAGCAGCCAAUGGAAGUCGAACCACAAGAUACUACUCAACAAUCCAGUGGCCGAGCUUCGAGGAGGAGGGGGAGAGGUCCUGUUAAAAGCCGGUUUCAAGGGUUUGCAGUUUCUCUUGUUGAAGAUGAUAGUCCGGAUUCAACGGCCCCCAUAGCUGUGGAUGUUAAUGACAACCACCAAGCCAGUAUUGAACCUUCCGAGGAAGGCCUUUUCGUAUCACAAAGUAUGCCGGAUUCUGAACCGCAAGAUACCACCCCUGCAAAUCAACCAUCACAGCAAUCGUGGAGGAAGCGACCCGCCUCACCACUACCGGAACCUGGAGAUAUAUUAGAUAACUUGGCCCCGACAGCCGCACAGGUCAAACGUCGCCGAAUCGCCGCUGGUGAGGAUCCUUUCCCACGACGUCAGCCAUCGCCCAUUUCCGUAGAGAAGCCCAUCAUUACGGCCAAACAGCCGAAAAUCAAGAAGGAAAUUGACAUCCUUGAGGUGGCGCGCCAACACAGAGAAGAGGCUGAGAAACAGGCGAAACUAGAGCAAGAACAGUUUGAAAAAGCCCCAGAAGAUCUAGACCUGGCCGAGAUCCGACGUCUGCAUAUCGAGGAGCCGAUGCCGUUGCGAGAAGCACCACAGAUGCGCACGCGCGAGCAAGACAUCGCCGAUGGACGUUGGGACCCAGCAUGGAACGGGCGGAAGAACUUCAAGAAAUUCCGACAACGGGGCGCAUUGCAAGGACGAACAGUCGAGAAGAUCAUCGUUGCCCUUGAGGAGGUUAAGACCAAAGGCUUUGGUAUCGGUGACGAUUACUGGCUCGAGGAUAGCACUAGUCAGCAGCAACGGAGCAGACAGCACGAUCGUUCUCUGUCGAACACUCAAUCACAUAGGCAAGCAACAACCAGUGUGACAGAAGAUUCUAGGACAGGAGAUAAAAAUAUCAAGAAUCUACGACCAGUGGAUAGUAGCGAUGACGACAGUGUUAGUAUGGGAGAUGGUAAAGAGAAUGAAGGCCACGGUGACAGUGAUGACGAUAUUGUUAUUACAUCGAGCUCGCGCCCGCGCAUAACAAGAGCGUCGGUAAACACGACGCAAUCUCAAGCACGAGGAGCCACACAAAGCUCUAUGGAUAAAGCGAACCCAUCCCGCAGGACAGGUAAGCGGCCAGCGGCCGAACCGCCGGCUAAGGAAAAACCCCCUAAACGAGCCAAGGGACGCGUGGUGAAGGCUAGUGAUGAUGAAAGUGACGAUGAUGAUCUUCGCUUCCGUUUCACUAGACGGAGAGCAUAG